UUGGCACCAUGAUGCGAUCCUAAUCUUUUCUUCAUAUUUGUAACUGUUUAAUAUACAUAUGGAGCCGCCUGAGAAUAAGACUCUCACUGGCUUUGUUCUUUUGGGAUUUUCUGAUAUACCUCACCUUAUCCUUCCUCUCUCCACCUUCUUCUUGGCUUCCUAUGUCUUCUGUAUUGCUGGAAACACAUUCAUCCUCGUGCUUAUUGUUUCACAGCUACAACUUCACACCCCAAUGUAUGUCUUGAUGGGGAACCUUGCCUUUGUGGAUGUAUGUUUUACUUCCAUUAUCAUUCCAAGGACAUUGUAUGGCCUCCUGUCUGGAGACACCCACAUCUCUAUCCAUGGCUGUAUUGUCCAGCUAUUCCUGUUUCUGGCAGUGGCCAACAUGGACAGUUAUUUGUUGACCGUCAUGGCCUUUGACCGAUUCUGUGCAGUUUGUUUCCCUCUACGUUACCUGAUUAUUAUGAACAGUGGGACCUGUAAAUUUCUGGUGGCUUUCUGUUGGAUUAUCGUGUGCCUCCACUCUGCUUUCUGCAUUGUGCUGACUACUUAUCGGCCAUUCUGUAGAUGGGUAAUCGACCACUACUUUUGUGACCUUCCUGUAAUAAUGCAGCUAUCCUGUUCAGGUGGUUCAGAAAUUCUAAACCAGGCUGGCUUUAUUGAAGCCUCUAUUGUGGUGUUUAGCCCAUUACUCUUCAUCCUUGUAUCCUAUGUGCUAAUUAUCAGAGCUGUGUUGGCUCUGAAGUCAUCCCAAGGAAGAAGGAAGACCUUCUCUACUUGUUCAUCUCACCUAACCAUGGUCAUCCUCCUCUACAGCACAAUUAUAUUUAUGUACUUUCGACCAGGCUCCAUCUACUCGCCGACCUAUGAUCGGGACAUCAGUGUUGUGUACAGUGUCAUUAUCCCAAUGCUCAACCCGUUAAUUUACAGCCUGAGAAACAAGGACAUCAAAACUUCUCUAAGAAAAAUUCUAAAGCAGACAUGAGAAAUGUUACCUUUUAAAGGAAAGUGA